CCAGUCGAUCCAGAGCCUCCAGCAAGCAGCAGCUGGAAACUGGGAAGAGAGAGCAGACAGGAAGCGGGAGGCCAGCUGUAUACCCAGGAAAAUAGAACUUCUACCCUGAGAGGAGUCAAAGAGGAGGCAGAACUAUGGCAGGAAAGUUCCGGAAGUCCCAUAUCCCUGGGGUGAGCAUCUGGCAGCUGGUGGAGGAGAUCCCUGAAGGCUGCAGCACGCCGGACUUUGAGCAGAAGCCCGUCACCUUGGCUCUGCCAGAGGGGAAAAAUGCUAUCUUUCGGGCUGUGGUCUGUGGGGAGCCCAGGCCCGAGGUGCAUUGGCAGAACUCCAAAGGUGACCUCAGUGACUCCAGCAAGUACAAGAUCUCCUCCAGCCCUGGCAGCAAGGAGCACGUGCUGCAGAUCAACAAGCUGACAGGUGAGGACACGGAUCUGUACCGCUGCACAGCAGUAAACAUGUACGGAGAGGCCACGUGCUCAGCGAGACUCACCGUCAUUGAAGUUGGCUUUCGGAAGAAUCGGAAGAGGCACAAGGAACCACAGGAAGACCUCAGGAAGGAGCUGAUGGACUUCCGGAAGUUGCUGAAAAAGAGGGCCCCACCAGCCCCUGAGAAAAAGAUAGACCUUGAGCAGGUAUGGCAGCUGCUGAUGACGGCAGACAGGAAGGACUACGAACAGAUCUGCAUGAAGUACGGCAUCGUCGACUACCGUGGCAUGCUGCGCAAGCUACAGGAGAUGAAGAAGGAGCAGGAGGACAAGAUGGCACAGUACAUCAACGCCAUCUCCAGCUUAAGACACAUCAGGGUCACCAAGGAAGGGAUUGCAAAGUUCGACCUGGAGCUGGAUCUCAAGGAUUCUCAGAGCAAGAUUUACCUGUAUAAGGAUGGUGAGAUGAUCCCCUAUGGCUUCAACAACCAGACCAAGCACUGCCUGCGCCGGCUGGGAAAGCGUUAUGAGUUCCAGAUCCAAGACUUGAGGCCUGAGGACUCUGGCAUUUACCAGGUCAAGGUGGAGGAUGCUGUGGUCUUCUCCACAGAACUGGAGGCCAGUGCCAUACCCCCAAGAGUGGUGGUCCCACUGGCGGAGACCCACUGUGAGGAGCACGGUGACGCAGUCUUCGAAUGUACCUUCUCCAGCCCCUGCCCUAGUGCAGCCUGGCAUUUCCGGCACCGGCUACUCCACCCCAGUGACAAAUAUGAAGUGUUUGUGUCCCCCGACGGGCUGACCCACCGGCUGGUGGUGAGGGGCGCCCGUUUCUCAGACAUGGGCCCCUACUCGCUGGGCACUGGGCUCUACACUUCCAGCGCCUGGCUGGUGGUUGAAGCUGGGAAGGAUAAAGACCUUCAGUCCACAAGUGCUGACCACCAACUACAGAGGCAAGGAGCCCAGGCCUCAGGAGCAGAAGAGUCUGGGAGCAUCAACAGCCAGGGAGAGAAAUUCAGAGAGCAGGACCCCAGUGGGGGCUCCCUUGAGGGGGCAGGGAUGGCUUCUGGGUUCCAGCACAUAGCCAGCCCAGACAGGGAUGGCCUUGGCAGACAUGGCUACUCCUUGAUGGAAGACAAGGGGGCAGCUGUCUCAGCCUGGGGCCCUGGACAGGAAGGCGAAGGCUUUCUAGAAGCAGAGGGAAGCGGAGUCACUCUUCCCAGGGAAAGUCAAUCUGGCAGAGAGGGAGGCUGGGCUGAAAGCCUUGCAGAGAGGCCCUAUCUACAGGGAGAGAGCUCAGAGUCAGGGUUGGGCCUCCCAGAAAAACGACAGCAAGAUCGUGGCAGAGACAGCAACGGUGAUGAAUGCUGGAGGACAGCAGGAGGCUGGGAGGCUGGGUCCAGUCCGCUCCAGGCUGGAGGACUGGGGAGCAGCAGGGAAGGAAAGGAGCACAGAGGGGAUAGUGGAAGACAACUGGAUAGGCAUGCCCCGGAGCAACUGUGGGAUGCUCAACUGAGACCUGGGAGAGGAAAGAGUGACAUGCAGGGCUACCAGUCUGAUCCUGUAGGGUCCUGGCCAAGAGGAAAGCAGAUAAAGAUUUCACAGGGUGACAGCUUGGCUGAGAUGGACAGAGGGGAUGCUCCAAGUAGGGAAAGAAGGAGAGGAGUAGUAGUGUGGGGUAGUGGGACUGGCCUGGGAGAAGCUGGAGACAGCAAUGGGGCGGGAGGUCCUGGCACCCUGGAGUUUACUGGAGGAAGAGGUUCUGGCUCCAAGGCAGGUAUGGGCCCUGAAUCCUGGGAUUCUCAGGGAGGUAGACAUACUGACUAUGGGGAAGCCUGGGGCUACUGGGGGUCAGGAGAGUUUCUAGGACAGACACUUGGAGACAAGGACUUCCAGGAACCAUCAAUAUCAGGUGGUAGAAAAUUCCGUCUGGGAGAUGGGAGUCCUGAGAUCAAAGCGGAAGACUCACUGCAGGAGGCAGAUGGUCUGUGCAGGGGGGAAUCUGUAGUUGGAGGAAGUGUCUAUAAAACUGGCCCUGGAGGCCCAGGAGACCCCAGAGGCUGCGAAGGUGGCCUACAGAAGCUCAGGGGAAGGGAUGACCAGGAAACAGCUUGGGCCUCAGGUGAGAUAGGGGAUGACCCCAGAAGCUUCCAGUCUUCCCAGGAGUGGACAGCAGGUCACAGAGCAGCAGGGAGUGUUGGCAGAAUAGAAUCUAAGGGCACAAGUCCUUGGGAUGACACACCAUCUAGCCUCAGAAAAACUGGAGCCCACUAUGGGUCUGGAGUGCUGGGACCCAGUGGAGGGCAAGAGGGUAUGGGUGGUACCCAGGUGGCUGGACUGACAGAGUCUGGUCAGGGGGUGGAUGCCAGAAGCCGUGGGCUAAGUAGGUCUCCAGGCCUGGGUGCUCAGGGAUCUGGGGGGAUACUAGGAGAUACGGAAGGAUUAAGAGGUCCUGGGUCAAUAGGGUCUGAACCAGAUUUCUGGAAUGGGUCAGGGAGCUCCAGAGUAAAAGGACCCAGAGGCUAUAAGGAUGACUUGGAAGGUCCUGGGAGAAUGGAAUCUAGGUACGAGGGUGGCUUAGGAUAUUCUAGGGGAAUAGGCCCUAAAAGCGGGGCUGGUUAUAGCUAUGGCUCAGGGGUUCCAGGAGAAAUGGGGUCUGGCCAUGGUGCUGGUUGUAGAGUUUCCCCUAGGGCACCUGCAGGAAUGGAGUCUGAGGAAGGGGGUGCAUACAGGAAUGGCUCUGGGGUGCCUGGGGGAGUGUGGUCAGGAAAUGAAGAAUCUGGCCCUGCAGGAGGAGGGUCUGGGAGAAUUGCCAGUCUUAAGAAUGGCUCAGGUGGUCCUGAUGGAGCACCCGUGGAUGACAUCAGGAAUUGGGCCUCUGCACGCCAGGGCGGCAUGGGCCCUAGGGGAGGGCACCAUUCAGAUGGCGGCCUAGGGAGUCCUGAGAUGACGGGGUCUGUGGGUAGAGGUGGUCUCAAGGCCCCUGGAGUAGUGGAGACUGUUGGGAUGGGAUGUGUGGAAGCAGAACCAGAGAGCUCUGGAAGAAUAAGGCCUUGGAGUCAGACUGGCUUCAGAGCCUCAGAGGCCCUGGGGGCCUUUGGAGAAGGAGGCUAUGAAGAUGGCUCUGGGGGUCCAGAAGCCAUGGAACCAGGGCCUCUGAGGGCAGGGAGCAAAGUGGGUGAGGGGGAUGGGACAAGAUGCCCUGGUGCUAGGGCCUGUGGAGCUGGAGCUCGUUACAGGGAUGAUCCCAGGCACCCUGAGGCACUCGCACCUCACACCGGGGCUGCUUCUGAGAGCCAGUGGGCUUAUGGCGCUGGCAAUGUGCUGGGUUAUGAGGAUGGAUCAGAACUGCCAGGGCCUCAGGGAACUGGGGUCAGAACAGCCUAUGGAGGAGGGUCAAGGGGCCUUGGGCCUAGGAGUACAGGACCAGGGGGUGAGGCAGGCUUUAGAGAGAGUUCAGGGGACCUCCAAGGAAUGGGAUCAGCAGAUGGGCCGGGUUGUAGGAAGGGUAUUGGGGGUUCGGGGGAAAUGGGGUCAGUGGAUAAGGAAGGUUACAGGGAAGAUUUGGGGACUCCUGAGAAUACGGGUUCGGGGAGCAAGGCUGCUUAUAGGGAUGGUGUAGGGGGUUCUGGGGCAAUGGGGUCAACGGAUGAAGCAGAUUAUAGGAGAGAUUUAGGGGCUCCUGAAGGAAUAAGUUCAGGGAGCAAGGCAGAUUAUAGGGGUGGUUUACAGGGUUCCAAGGAAAUGGGUUCAGAGAGCAAUGCAGAUUAUAGGGGUGGUUUAAAGGGUUCCAGGGAAAUGGGGCCAAUGGAUGAAGCAGAUUAUAGGAAAGAUUUGGGGGUUCCUGAGGGAAUGGGUGCAGAUUAUAGGGGUGGCUUAAGGGGUCCUGGGGAGAUGGGGUCAGUGGAUGAGUCAGGUCAUAGGAAUGGGACUGGAGGUUAUGGGGAAAUGGGGUUGGGUUAUAGGGAGGAUGUGGGGGCUCCUGAGGGAAUGGGCACAGGGAGCAAGGCAGGUUAUAGCGAUGGCUUAAGGGGUUCUGGAGAAAUGAAGUCAAUGGAUGAGGCAGGUUAUAGGAAAAAUUUGGGAGCUCCUGAGGGAAUGGAUUCAGGGAGCAAGGCAGGUUACAGGGGUGGUUUAAGGGGUUCUGGGAAAAUUGGGUUAAUUGAUGAGUCAGGCUCUAGGAAAGAUUUGGGGGUUCCUAAGGGAGUGGGUUCAGGGAGUAAGGAAGGUUUUAGGGAUGGUUUAGGGGGUUCUGGGAAAAUGGGGUCAGUGGAUGAGGCAGGCUACAGGAAGGAUUUGGGGGUUUCUGAGGGAGUGGGUUCAGGGAGUAAGGCAGGUUUUAGGGAUGGUUUAGGGGGUUCUGGGAAAAUUGGGUUAAUUGAUGAGGCAGGCUCUAGGAAAGAUUUGGGAGUUUCUGAGGGAGUGGGUUCAGGGAGUAAGGAAGGUUUUAGGGAUGGUUUAGGGGGUUCUGGGGAAAUGGGGUUACUUGAUGAGUCAGGCUCUAGGAAAGAUUUGGGGGUUCCUAAGGGAGUGGGUUCAGGGAGUAAGGAAGGUUUUAGGGAUGGUUUAGGGGGUUCUGGGAAAAUGCCGUCAGUGGAUGAGGCAGGCUACAGGAAGGAUUUGGGGGUUUCUGAGGGAGUGGGUUCAGGAAGUAAGGCAGGUUUUAGGGAUGGUUUAGGGGGUUCUGGGGAAAUGGGGUCAGUGGAUGAGGCAGGCUACAGGAAGGAUUUGGGGGCUCCUGAGGGAAUGGGCACAGGGAGCAAGGCAGGUUACAGGGGUGGUUUAAGGGGUUCUGGGAAAAUGGGGUUAAUUGAUGAGUCAGGCUCUAGGAAAGAUUUGGGGGUUCCUAAGGGAGUGGGUUCAGGGAGUAAGGAAGGUUUUAGGGAUGGUUUAGGGGGUUCUGGGAAAAUGGGGUCAGUGGAUGAGGCAGGCUACAGGAAGGAUUUGGGGGCUCCUAAGGGAGUGGGUUCAGGGAGUAAGGAAGGUUUUAGGGAUGGUUUAGGGGGUUCUGGGGAAAUGGGGUCAGUGGAUGAGGCAGGUUAUAGAAAGGAUUUGGGAGCUCCUGAGGGAAUGGAUUCAGGGAGUUAUACAGAUUACAGGAAUGGUCUAGGCGGUUCUGGAAAAAUUAGUUCAGGAGGUGAGGCAGGUUAUAAGAAUGUUUUAGGGGGUUCUGGGAGGAUUCCAUUAGGGAGUGAGGCAGGCUCUAGGGGUAGUUUGGAGGAUUCUGGGUACAUUUUGUCAAGGAGUGAGGCAGGUUGUGGGCAAGGCUUUGGGGGAACUGGUGGCAUGGGGUCAGGGAGUGAGGUCAGUUAUAGGGGAGGCUCAGGAGGAUCUGGGGAAAUGGGGCCAGAGGGUGAGAUGGGUUAUGGAGGUGGUUCAGGGAGGCUUGGAGUACCAGGCUCACUAGCUGGAAUAGGACAUGAGGCUGGACCCAGAGGCCACAAAGCCAUGGGGCACAGGUCAGGAUAUUGGGUAACAUCAGAGGGUGGCACGAGCUGCAAGGAUGGUCCAGAGCGAGCCAGGGAAACAGGGCUUGUGGAUGGGGCAGGACCUGGGGUGGAACCUGGGAUGGCUGGAAUGCUGGGCACUGCAGGUGGCAUGGCACAGAGAGACAGCCCCAGGGUCCCAGGGGUGCUGGGGUCUCAGGGAGGGCCACAGACUCUUUCAGAUGAGAGAGGCUCCACCAAAGAUCUUGGGGGCUAUGGAACCUCAGGGAUCCCUGAGGCCUUGGAGGCUGCUGGUGACGAGGGAAAACCAGAUGUCAAAGAAUGGCAAGAUAGUUCUGGGACUCCAGGGUCUUUUAGGGACAGAGGGGCUCCCAGGGCAAAGGAUAGGUCUCCAGACCAAGCAGGGAUCAUGGGGUCUUCUGGGUUUCUUGAUGGCAAGGGGGCAGUAGAAGGUGAAACCUGGGCAGGAAUGGCUGCUUUGGGGUCUGGACAUGAACAGGACAUCUGGAAAGCAGGCCCAGGAAUGACAGACAGGGGUAGAGUUGCUGGCCAGGGGAGACUGGCAUCUCAGGGAGGCGGGGACUCACUUUUGGGAGGCAGAAGGAUAGGCUCAAGGAGUUCAGCGGGGACAGGCCAGGAUCUGGACAGCAGCUCUAUGCCUGGGGAAAGGGGCAAGUCAACAUCAGGGCCUGCUGAUGGACUAGGAAUGAGCAAUGCCUGGGCUCCUGACUGGGAAAACCAGGGGUUUAGCCGAGGCAGCGUAGGUGCUGGGAAGCAGCCCGCAGGCUCCAGAGCUUCCGGUUCUCUGCAGGAAAAAGAUGCCGCUUUUGGUGGGAUCCAUGAAGGGCCAGGGGGCUUAAAGGGCAGGGAGGGUGCACCAGGCCAAGAGGUGGCUUGUGGAUGCCGAAGCCCAUGGUCCCUGGAUAGCAAAGGUUCAAGUCGUGGAAGGGGCAGUUCUGGUGGUGCAGAGGACUCAGGUAUCCUGGGCAAGGGGAAUUCUACUGAGCGGGGAAAUGCUGUCAUCCCAAAACCUGGGGAGUCAGGACCUCAGGGAGCCUGGAAUGGCUUAGAUGGUCCCUUUGGCAGAAGAGCCUCUGGAGAUAGGUCAGGAGGGACCCAGGACCUGAGCUCUCAGCUAGGCAAGGGACAGAGAGGAGGAAAGAGGUCCCUCGGGGAACAGGGGUCCCUGGAGGCUGAGGAUGGUGAGGUCCAGGAUCCUGGGGCCCUAAAGGAGGAUGAGGUACAGGGAGUGGAAGAGGCUGGGAGGUCAGGCAGGAGGCCUGGCUCACUUAGGAGCAGGUCUCAGGCACAGUCAGGGGCUGAGGUGGGAGGAGGAAAGAGAAGGGGAGCCGAUGAGGCUGGAAGCAUGGGAUGGCAGUCUAUGGGGGAGAACCGGGGGUGCCUGGAGGAGAUGCUGAGUGAAGAUCAGAGCCGGGAGCCCCCCAGUCACCUUGGUAGCAGGAGAGGUGGCAAAGAUGGCAGUUUGGACAUCUAUGGAGAGAGGAGAGAUGCUACCCAGAGUUCCACAUCCAGAUAUAAGCCUGGCACUGGCAGUUUCUCCAAGGAGGCCCGAGGCCACUUCUCCCAGGGCCUGGCUGACAUGAAGGUGCAGCAGGGGGAGGCUGCCACACUCUCCUGUAUCCUCACCAGUGACCUGGGACCCGGCACCUGGUUUAAGGAUGGCGUCAAGCUCACCGCCCAGGAUGGAGUCAUCUUUAAGCAAGAUGGUCUCGUGCACAGCCUCUUCAUCGCGCGCGUGCAGGGGACCCAAGCCGGGAGGUACACUUUUGUAGCUGGUGACCAGCAGAGUGAGGCCACUCUGACCGUCCAGGAUUCCCCUACCAUUGCUCCAGAUGUGACAGAGAAACUGAGAGAGCCACUGGUGGUCAAGGCUGGGAAGCCGGUGACAGUGAAGAUCCCCUUCCAGAGCCACCUCCCCGUUCAGGCUGCCUGGAGAAAGGACGGGGCCAAGGUGGUGGGCAGUGGUGACAAGGAGGCCCAGGUGGACCUGGGGGACCGCUACACACGGCUGUGCCUCCCCAGCACAGGCAGGAAGGACAGUGGCCAGUACAGUGUGACGCUGAGGAGUGAGGGAGGCUCUGUGCAGGCCGAGCUCACCCUGAAAGUCAUAGACAAGCCUGAUCCCCCACAAGGCCCCAUGGAGGUUCAGGAUUGCCAGAGGGCUGGUGUCUGCCUCCGCUGGCGGCCCCCAAGGGAUGAUGGGGGCCAGCCUGUAGAGUGCUACGUGGUGGAGAGACGGCAGGCUGGCAGGAGCACUUGGCUGAAGGUGGGCGAGGCCCCCGCUGACAGCACCACCUUCACGGAUGCCCAUGUGGAGCCAGGCAGGAAGUAUGCCUUCCGAGUGCGGGCUGUGACCUCGGAGGGGGCUGGCGAGGCCCUGGAGUCUGAGGAGACAUUGGUGGCUCCUGAGGCUCUCCCCAAGGCCCCUUCCGCGCCAGCCAUCCUGUCAGCCUCCAGCCAGGGCAUCACGCUGACAUGGACAGCACCUAGGGGCCCUGGCAGUGCCCACAUCCUGGGCUACCUGAUCGAGAGGCGUAAGAAGGGGAGCAACACCUGGACAGCAGUGAACGACCAGCCGGUGCCUGAGAGGAGGUGGACGGUGGUGGACCUGCGGCAGGGCUGUCAGUACGAGUUCCGGGUCACAGCUGUGGCUCCCCUAGGCCCUGGAGAGCCUGGACCCCCAUCAGAUGCCGUCUUUGCUCGGGACCCCAUGAGACCCCCUGGGCCGGUGAGGAAUCUCCAAGUCACAGACACAUCGAACACCAGCAUCACUCUGAGCUGGGCUGGGCCAGACACCAAGGACGGGGACGAAGCCCAGGGGUAUGUGGUGGAGCUGUGUGGCUCAGACAGUCUCCAGUGGCUCCCGUGCCAUGCGGGCACCGUGCCAGUCACCACCUACACGGCCAAGGGCCUUCGGCCUGGAGAGGGCUACUUUGUGCGGGUGACAGCAGUUAAUGAAGGAGGUCAGAGCCAGCCCACUGCCCUGGACACAUUAGUGCAAGCCAUGCCUGUUACUGUCUGUCCUAAGUUCCUUGUGGACUCCAGCACCAAGGACUUGCUGACGGUCAAGGUCGGGGACACUGUUCGUGUGCCCAUCUCCUUUGAAGCCGUGCCCAUGCCUGAGGUGACCUGGCUGAAGGACGGCUUGCCCUUGCCCAAAAGAAGUGUGACCGUCACUAAGGAUGGCCUCACCCAGCUUCUGAUCCCUGUGGCUGGCCUCUCGGACAGUGGUCUCUACACUGUAGUGCUGAGGACCCUGCAGGGGAAGGAGGUUGCCCACAGCUUCCGUAUCAGGGUGGCAGUAUGUCCGCAGGCACCUGGGCCCAUCCACCUGCAGGAGAACGUGCCUGGGACGGUGACGGCUGAGUGGGAGCCCUCUCCGGACGAGGCCCGGGGUGUCCCGCUACACUAUACAGUGUUCACACGCUCCUCGGCACAUGGCCCCUGGCGCGAGGCAGCCGACCGCAUCCACACCAACCGCUUCACCCUCCUGGGCGUCCUCCCUGGCCACGAGUACCACUUCAGGGUGGUGGCCAAGAAUGAGCUGGGGGCCAGCAAACCCUCGUACACCAGCCAGCCCUGGUGCAUCCCCCGGCAGCGUGACAGGUUCACAGUGAAGGCUCAGAGCUACCGGGAGCCCGACCUGAGCCAGAAGCCCCGGUUCCUGGUGGGCCUGCGGUCCCAUCUCCUGCCCCAAGGCUGCGAGUGCUGCAUGAGCUGCGCCGUGCAGGGCUCGCCCCGGCCCCACGUCACCUGGUUCAAGAACGACCGCAGCCUGGAAGGAAACCCCGCAGUGUACAGCACUGACCUGAUGGGCGUGUGCUCCCUCACCAUCCCCAGCGUAUCCCUGAAGGACAGCGGCGAGUACAAGGCUGUGGCUGAGAACACGCUGGGCCAGGCAGUCAGUACUGCCACCCUCAUUGUCAUAGAACCCAGCGCCUAGCCUCACCUCACCCUGGGAUGGUCCUGGACCCUUGAAGCUUCACUUCUGACACCUGCACUGGCCUGGGAGGCCAAUCCCAAGGAUGGAGGCUGUGCCCAGAGCCCCAGGAAGACAGGAGUGAGAAGACUCCUGGUGAGGUUUUGGCCAGGAGGACAUGAAGUCCUUGGGGAAGAAAAACAAGGGAGGAGGCCAUUCUGCCUCCUGGCUCCAGGCUAAGUCACUCAACGGAAUGACAGUGAACCUCCUGGACCCUCAUCAUAUGGGUUUCUUUCUUCUUCGCUUCAGGAGAUCCAGAGGGCACCUGCCUGCAGGAUGGGCCAGCUCCUUAUUUUCCUGGGCUGAGCCCCUUGGAGGGAGGGUGGUCACAGCUGGGCCUGCUGUGACCACAGGGAGUGAAGAAGAGAGGAGGUCAGAGGACCUGGGUGAGGACUAGGGCAUCAAGGGUGUGUGUGUGGUGGGGGCAGGGGUGUGGCAUGUGCUUUCUGUACAUUUCUUCAUUAAAACGUUAGGCUAAUACGGGCA